GAAGGUUACAGGAUUGUUACCAUUUUAGAGAUCUUUAAUCUGUAUCUGUAUAUCUGUGUAUCAAUAGAGUCAAAUAUUAAUUUUAUAAAAGAACUAAUUUCUUUAAUAAAAAGCCCUACAAAGUGAAUUAAAAAUAGUUACAACUAGGGAUGAGGUGGCUAAAGCCGGAACGUCUCAACCUUCGGACUUAACCACUACGGUCUACUCAUCUGACACUAAAAAUAUGUCUAAAGGGAGAAAAUCAGUUUUGUUCAUAUGCUUGGGGAACAUCUGCAGGUCGCCGUUGGCCGAGGCUGUUUUCUUACACCUGAUCAAAGAAAGAGGGCUCGAGGACGAAUGGGAUGUCGACAGCGCAGCCUUGGGCCCCUGGCACGUUGGCAACGGGCCGGAUUCGCGCACGAUGAAGGUUCUCAAGGAGAACAAUAUCCCGUACUCGCAUAGCGCCCGACAGAUUGAAAAGGCAGAUUUUAACAAGUACGACUACAUAUUUGGAAUGGAUCAUGAUAACAUGUCAGAACUAAACAGGCUAGCACCAAAAAAUUCAACGGCUAAACUGGAACUUCUUGGUUCCUAUGAUCCAAACGGGGAGCUGAUUAUUAAAGAUCCAUACUAUAAAAGCGGAGACAGUGGUUUUUACAAAUGUUAUGAUCAAUGUUUAAGGUCUUGUACUGCCUUUUUGGAUAAAAAUUAAAAUUUUUGUUAUAAAUUUUAAGUUUUAAUCAUAUCCUUGCCCUUAAUAACACAUGUUAAUUACUUAUCGUUCCACCUAAUGUUAUAUAAAUGAAAUCUGAUUUCUAAUUUUCUAACUUAUUACUGUACAGUUAUGAAUAAUCAUUAUAUUAUUUAUAACUUAUCUUAAUUAAUUUAACAAUAAACCUAUUUUAGCGGCAUAAAAGCUGCAGGAACAUUUUGCAAUUAUAGAAAAACUUGCAUUAACACCAAAAUAAAAGUACAUAGUUGUUAAUCUUAUUAAUGUAUAAUAAAAAUAUUAAUUUAUUCUUUCUUACUUAUUACAUUAAUUUGUGUGGUGCUUUACAAGGAGAAAAAAUUAGCCCACUUUUGUUUUCUCUGUUAUUUUAAUGUACAAUACUUCAUAAACCAUACUACAAAGUGGCAAAUUUACAACAUACAUAGAUGUAUUUGUUAAUAAUGAUUUGUUUGUAGUAUUUGAAGACUCAAGUUGUUAGGAAUUCUCAUAAACUUAUCUAGUAUUGAGCUAAGCUGUGUCUGAUUGUUUAGCAUGCUUUGAAAAGAUGCCAAAGUUAAUAAAUUAUUAAGAACAAA